AACCAAACCCCAUGAACCCUUCACACAAACAAGCCAAAAUCCUCAAAAGACCAAAAAAUCCUCAAAAGACCAAAAAAGAAAAAAAUAAUAGCCUUUUUUCAAGAAAGAAAAAAAGUAAUGGCUCUUGAAACUGUUGUUUUUCAACAAGAUCCUUUCAAUUAUAGCCACAAAGAUUGUACUAACUUUUACAAUCUUGAAAAUUUUCAUGAUUUUGAUCAUUUUGGCUUUGAUCAUGGGUAUAAUUGGAAUUCACCAAAUUCUUCAAAAGCACAACCCUAUCACAACAACAACAAUAGCAGCGCUGACAAAUUCACUAGUUCUUCGAUAGCACAAAGCUAUAGCACCAACACCAACACAAGUGCUGACAGAUUCACUAGUUCUUCAAUAGCACAAAGCUAUAACACCAACCACAACACAAGUGCUGACAGAUUCACUAGUUCUUCAAUAGCACAAAGCUACAACAACAACAAUAAUUCUUCGCCCGAAGCCUGCACCGGACUUUUUCCGAUGGAAUAUUUUCAUGAGGAGAGUACGAUGGUCUCAGGGCGAAGAAAAAGGAGGAGGACAAAAUGCGCGAAAAAUAAAGAGGAGAUAGAAAAUCAAAGGAUGACUCACAUUGCCGUCGAGAGAAAUCGUCGACGGCAAAUGAACGAUUACCUAGCCAUACUCCGAUCGUUGAUGCCACCAUCUUAUGCUCAAAGGGGAGACCAAGCAUCAAUUGUUGGAGGCGCAAUUAAUUUUGUAAAAGAACUUGAACAACUCCUCCAAUUUUUGGAAGGACAUAAACAAGUUACAACAAAAAAUCAGCAAUAUAGCCAGUGUAAUCCAUUCUCAGAUUUUUUCACUUUCCCUCAGUAUUCCACUGGGGCCGACCAGCCGCUGGCGGCCGCCACCACCAACGAGGGGUCGAUAAUGAUGGAAGAGAUCAGGCGGUCGGCAGCCGCCGACAUCGAGGUGACCAUGGUGGAAAGCCAUGCUAACGUUAAGGUGUUAUCAAGAAGAAGACCAAAACAAUUGUUGAAAAUUGUUAAUUGGUUACAAGCUAUGUGCCUUACUAUACUUCACCUUAGUGUUACAACUGCUGAUCAUAUGGUACUUUACACAUUUAGUGUCAAGGUGGAAGACAAUUGUCAGCUAAACACAGUGAGUGAGAUAGCAAGUGCUGUACAUGAAAUGGUGGCCAUGAUUAAGGAGGAGGCUAUGUCUUGUUGAGAUGACCUGUCUCUUCUCCUCUUACCCCUACCCCAACCCACCACAUCCCACCACCCCACCACCCAAAUCCAAUUUUUUUUUUAAAAAAAAAAAAGUUGUUCUCGAUAUUGUAUUAUAAUAGUAAUUGUUAUUAUCA